AUGGCUUUGAAGAGAAUCAAAGCAGAAUUGGCAGAAUUACGGAGAGACCCACCGCCGGGCUGUACGGCCGCACCCAAUGGCACCGACUAUUUCCAGUGGACGGGCAGUAUUGAGGGCCCGCCGGGCACUCCCUAUGAGGGCGGGCUAUUCAACGUGAGGAUCACAUUCCCUCAAAGUUAUCCAUUGAAGCCAUUCACUGUCACUUUGACCACAAGAAUCUUUCACCCGAAUAUCAGCGAAUUGGGUGCCAUAUGUGACCACAAGUGGUGCAACAAAUGGAGUGCAAGUGUGACAGUCAAAGAGGUGUUGUGGUCGGUGUGGCAAUUGAUGAUUCAACCGGAUGAGGCCAACCCCGUGGAUACAAACAUCGGCUCGUUGUACACCAAAAACCGGAAGAACUUCAACGAAACGGCCCGACAUUGGACUCUACAGCACGCAUACCCUCCGGCCGGCUAUGUGUUCACUACUACUCAGACCACUACCAGUCCGGCCAACAAUCAGGACAGCGCCGGUACGGGCGGCUCGGGAAGUGAGUCGGAAGCGAGCGAUACGACCAAAGGUUGA